UCGUUUCUGUCUGACAGCUGAGUCUUAAAAGUCAGCUGUCGGUCCUCCGGAGACGCAGUGACAACAUGUUUUCAUGGGGGGAGGACAGUCAGCGGGGCUUUCGGUUGAAAGACGGCUCAGUUAUCGACAGCACUACAACAGAUGCCGGGGUUCAUUAUUCAAACCUCGGUUACCACAUCACGGAUCUGUCAGCGGGUCACAGGGCGCUCGCUUUCGUCAAAAGUCACGGAAACUCGUUCAUCAUUCGCACAACUGAGAGCGGAGAUGGGACAAGAGUCAGAGGGAAACAGAAGUUUGUGAAAUACAAAGAGAAGAUUGAGGCUGUGGGUUGUGGUGAUGAUACGGUCACACUGCUGACUGAGACGGGCAAAGUUCUGUGUGUGGACACAGCUCACACUUACAUUCCUAGGCCCCUGGAAGCUUUCGGUAACCCAGUUUCUCAGGUUGCUUGUGGGAGCCAGCAUUCAGUUGCCCUGACCAAAGAUGGUCAGGUGUAUACAUGGGGCCAGGACUCCAGAGGCCAGCUGGGUCUGGGGGAGAGGAAGCCCGGCACCAAUUCACCCCAACACCUCCGAUCUCUGUCAGCGGUGCCCCUGGUUCAGAUCGCUGCAGGGGGAGAGCAGAGCUUCGCCCUCUCUGUCUCUGGAGGUGUGUUCGGCUGGGGCAGAAACGACAGCGGACAGCUCGGGCUGGGAGACACAACAGACAGACAUACACCAACUCCUGUUCUUUGCCUGAACAUGAAGAAAACUGUUCGCAUUUCCUGUGGAAAGGACCACACUGCCAUUUUGACAAAGACUGGUGCAGUGUUUACAUUUGGCUCUGGUCAAUAUGGACAGCUUGGGCACAACUCAUUCAGCGAUGAACUACGACCUCGGCUUGUGUCAGAGCUCUGGGGGGCAAAGGUCACCAAAGUUGCAUGUGGACGACAUCACACAUUAGUGUUGACAGACUCCAAGAGGGUCUACUCCUUUGGGUGUGGAGAGCAAGGACAGCUGGGACAUGGAGAGGAGAGUCAUCCAUCUGUGCCGCUACCUGUUAAACUGCCACCAGACACUGCUGAUGAUCCUAAAAUUAGAAACAUCUUCGCAGGAGGAAACUGUUCGUUUGCAACAUGCACGUCUAAUGAGGAAGUUCAUGAGGAGUCAAACAUUGCCAGUGUCAGCAAUGUCACACAGCAUUGUCUUGAUGACAUGAUUGACAAAUGGACCUCUGAAUGUGAUUCAAAGUCAUGGAAAAAGAUAAAACAGGAAAUUCACAGGAUGUUUUCCUCUGCAUCCUGUUUGAAUCAAAGCUUCCUUGAGCAAAGGAAAGAGAAACAUUUCCAGACUUCACCAAAGUACUCUGGCUUGAACUUGUCACUUGCACGACUUGCUUUCAAGAAACUGUUAAAGAAGGAUGAUGUUUUGGCAGAGGUUCAGGCUACUGUCCUGCACUUGCUUCCUUCCCUUGAUAAGAAGCCAGUGGGAGUGGAGGGGUUGAGGAUCUUCCUGCUUCUCAAUGAGCUUCUGCAUGUGAUCCAGAGACACAAACGGCAACAAACGAGCACAAAGCUCGCUGAGGCAGUCGCUGCUGCCGUACUAAGCUUGUCUGCUGACAGCCUCCAGGUCAUAGGGGACUGGUGGUCCUCACUGUCGCCCUCCACCAUGGUUAAACAUGUUAAGGUGUGGAAGCAGGCCCUCUCAGUGAUGCUGUCCUUUGAGCCUGUUCUUCGCAACUCUGGAGUCAGAAACCUGCUGCUAGUCCUCCGGUAUAUGUACAAUGCCAACAACCGGACUGCAAGACGUCAGAGAAUCCCAGAUAAAACCUUUAGUUUGGGGAUUAGCCAAAGAUUUCUUGAAGAGGAUCUGCAGCUUUGGCAUUUAAAGUCAAAAAUCAAGGGUGUGAACGAUCAGCCACUUAUUAUUUGUAAAUUCCCAUUUGUGAUGGAUCUGAAAUCAAAGAAAAUGGCUUUUGACAUCAGUGCUACACUUACUCAGAGAGAACACCAGGUGCAUUUUGGAUGGGUUCCAGUGUCAAAUCCUUAUUUUGAACUGAAGCUGAAGCGAGCGUCACUUUUGGAGGGCACCUUCACGCAACUGACUGCUGCUCAUCACAGUGCCUUCAAGAAGCCACUUUUGGUCUAUUUGGAUGAGGACACAAAGGUCACAGAUGUCUACAAAAGAGACUUUUUUCACCACUUGUUUCAUGACAUGGUGUCAACUAAAUCUGGGAUGUUCUUCUUCAAUGACUCCAAUACGCUGGCAUGGUUCCCCUCCAAAGCAACAGAGGAGGACAAGACAAACUUCUUCCUGUUUGGGGUUCUGUGUGGAUUGGCCUUGUACAACCACUGCAUCCUACACUUACCCUUCCCACUGGCUCUGUUCAAGAAGCUGCUCGGUGUGGAACCAACACUGGAGGAUAUGAUGGAAUUCAGCCCAGGUGUUGGAAAGAGUCUGCAGUACGUCUUGGACUAUGACGAUGACGACCUUGAAAACCUGGACAUGUGGUUUUUGAUCGACUGGGAUGGGACCGAGGUUGACCUUGAUCCUCAAGAUCCUGGAAAGCCAGUGACGAGUCAAAAUAAGAAGGAGUUUGUGGAUGCCUACGUGAAUCAUGUCUUCAACACAUCAGUGGAGGGUGUGUUUCAGGAGUUCGAGCGAGGCUUCUUCCAGGUGUGUGACCGGGAUCUGGUGAAGCUGUUUCGGCCAGAGGAGCUGCAGGGAGUGCUGGUGGGCCAAGACGUCUAUGACUGGGCAAAGCUGAAACAGAACACAGUUUAUGAGUGGACAUAUGUUGGCCACCCCAUCAUGCAGAUGUUUUGGGAGGUUUUUGAUGAACUGUCUGAAGACCAGAGGAAAGAUUUCCUUUGGUUCCUGACUGGUUUUCGGAGGGUUCCUAUUCUUGGAAUGGACCAGAUCCAGAUGACGAUUCGAGUUAAGCAAGUCCAGAGCGGCUCUUACGAUCAGCACUACCCUGAGUCUCUGACAUGUCACUCCAUUCUGGACCUGCCCCUGUACUCAACCAAGGAGAUCAUGCGAGACAGGCUGACAGAGGCCCUGAUACCAGAGAGAGGAUUCUUGAAGUGAUGUUGGAUCAACAGCUGCUGGACAGGAGCAUGUACUGUAUCUGUGCAGGGAAAGGGUGGGCCUGAUUUUUAUAUUAAGAUCACCUUUCCUGGGGCACCUCAGGAUAAAAACAAAAUCGUUGUACUGAAUGCACAUGACUUGACCUUGUAAGUUUACUUUUAAACGCCAUUCCUCUUUAACAGCACUACAGUGUAACAGUGAAGGCACUUUAAAAUUCUAUGUGAUUUUUUAGUUUUGAAAAUAUUAUAUGCUAUAAUUUAACUGAUAAUUUAACAUAUUUAUGUAUGUAUCAUGAGUUUUACAUCUUCUCAGGAACAAAGUCUAAUUUUUAUGUGAAAAAUAUUUUCUUAGGACAAGAUGAAAUACACAUAAUUUCGGUAAUUGUUGUGGUACACUUUACUAAAUCUAAUGCAAUCCAAUUCAACACUUCUAUAAUAAAUCUUUGUGAAGGUUAUAAUUUUCUUGCUGAUUCUGUGUCAGAGAGGUGUACAUUAAACGGUAUGGUAAUUUGA